AUGACAAAAGAUGGAAUUGACGUACAAGAUUAUUAUGGACUGUUAGAAUUGCCUGAACCAAAUACAGCCACAAGUACAUCAGAUGAGAUUCGUAAAGCAUACAGACGAUUGGCGCUACGUUUCCAUCCUGAUAAGAAUCCCGAUGAUGUAGAAGCAGCAAAUGAACGAUUUAGACUGAUCCAAGCUGCAUAUGAAGUGCUAAGCGAUGAUCAAGAACGUGCUUGGUACGAUGCACAUCGUGAACAGAUCUUGGGAGGCGGAAUGGACGAUGAUGAUGAUUAUAUUGAUGAAGCUUUCGAUGAACAAACCUCUGCUCCAGGCCUCACACCAAGACAGAUUAUGCGUUUCUUGGAUGCUUCCCUAUGCAUGGACGUCCAGCCUCCUGGUGCCGACGAAGCAGGGUUUUUCGGAACAUAUAGAAGAGUAUUUGAACGGCUCGCGGAAGAGGAAAAGGGUGCUGCUCCAUACCCUGGCGAAACAAGUUCACAAUUCGAACCUUUUCCCAGCUUUGGUUAUUCGCAUACACCGUACCUGCAUAGCAAGCAUUCAGAUGGAGAAGCAACAAUACAUCAAACUCAAAUUCGAGAUUUCUAUGCCGUUUGGUCUGGCUUUUCUACACGGAAAGGGUUUGCCUGGCGCGAUGGUUAUCGUGUGAAUGAUGCGCCUGAUCGUCGAGUGAAACGGGCGAUGGAAAAGGAGAAUAAACGAAUGCGAGAAACGGCAAGGAGGGAGUAUAACGAUACAGUUCGUUCGUUGGUCAGCUUUAUACGCAAACGAGAUCCUAGAGUGAAAGCACACAUCAAUGCUCAAUCGUCUGCGACCAAUUCAGCCGAAGAGAUGCAAAGAAGGAAAGAGGCUGCUGAACGUGAGAUGCGGGAACUAGAAGAACGUGCUCGAGCGUAUCAAAAGCAGAGUUGGGAUAGAUGGGAACAUGGUGCGGAAGAUAGCGAGGAGGAUAGCGAAGCAUCUUUUGGAGAGGAAGUACCAGGGAACGAUGAGGACAAAGCAGAUGACGAUGAUUUCGACGAGGGUGCAGAUGGAUUGGAAUGUUUUGCAUGUGAUAAGGUAUUUCAAUCAGAAGCCGCUUUUGCCAAUCAUGAAAGGAGCAAUAAACACAAGAAGCAAGUGCAGAAGCUCAGAAGAGAUAUGCAAAGGGAAGAUCGUGAUUUACAAAAGAGCAUGAAAGAGAUGAAUGUAGAAGAAGAGGAAGAUGAGAAUAUCGUCAUGAUCCCCGCACAGAAUGAAGAAACGCAAGAUGAAAUGGCAGGAUUGAGUAAAAAAGCAAGACAGAAGCUCAAGAAGCGUAUGAAAGAGCAAGAGAAAGCCGCAGCAAGCGAGACAGCCACGCCCGAGGUUGGCUCUGAAGAGGAAGAAGAGGUACAAAACGCCGAUCAACAGCAGGAGCCAAAAGCAGAAGAGCAGACAGAAGCACCUCCAUCGAACGGCAAAAAGACCAGAAGGGCGAAGAAGGAUGCCAAGUUUGCCAAGGAACGAUGCAAUGUUUGCUCGACAGGCUUUGAUUCACGCUCAAAGCUUUUCACCCAUAUUCGUGAGACCGGUCAUGCUCUUGCUCCUUCUACUAAGCCAAGCAAGAAAUAA